UGCUGAAAUUGUUAUUUUUUUUGGUUUCGAUUACUCAGAUCAGUUCCCGGCAAACAUCUCCUUCUCCUCAUUCAGCCGUUCAUUAUAAUUCGUCUCAUCUCGAUCGUUAGGAUAUACGUAUAAACCUCUCUAUCUCAAUCUUCAGAUAGAUGAAGAAAGCAUCAUUACCUCUGGAAAAUAUAUGUGGAAAUGGUGAUAGAAAGUACAAAAAGGAAGACUUGGUGAAACUUCUAAGAUGGCACUUCGGCCAUUCUGAGUUUAGGGGAAGACAGUUAGAAGCCAUUGAAGCUGUUCUAUCAGGAAGGGACUGUUUCUGUCUCAUGCCAACUGGUGGAGGCAAAUCAAUGUGCUACCAGAUUCCUGCUCUCGCAAAAAGAGGCAUUGUGCUUGUUGUAUGUCCUUUAAUAGCAUUGAUGGAAAACCAAGUCUUGUCAUUGAAGGAAAAGGGUAUUGCAGCUGAAUAUCUAUCUUCAGCACAGACUUCGCAAGUUAGAAAUAAGAUUCACGAGGACCUUGAGUCAGGAAAACCAUCUGUAAAGUUGCUAUAUGUAACACCAGAGUUGAUUGCAACACCAGGAUUUAUGGCAAAGUUAAAAAAGAUUCAUUCAAGAGGAUUGCUGAAUCUGAUUGCUAUAGAUGAGGCACACUGUAUCUCAGCAUGGGGCCAUGAUUUCAGGCCUAGUUAUAGGAAGCUUUCUUCCUUGAGGGAGCAUCUUCCACACAUUCCCAUGUUGGCCUUGACUGCUACUGCUGUUCCAAAAGUCCAGAAGGAUGUGAUGGAUUCUUUGUGGUUGCACAAUCCCUUAGUUCUGAAAAUGUCAUUCAAUCGUCCAAACAUAUAUUACGAAGUGCGGUAUAAAGAUCUUUUGGAGGACCAUUAUCUUGAUUUAUCUAAUCUACUCAAAUCUUGUGGAGAUGUUUGUGCAAUUAUCUACUGUCUUGAGCGCACAACUUGUGAUGACCUGGCUGCACAUCUAUCAAGAAAUGGAAUUUCAUGUUCUGCUUAUCAUGCCGGGUUGAACAACAAAUUGAGGAGUUCUGUCUUGGAUGAUUGGAUUUCAUCCAAGACACAAGUAGUUGUGGCCACUGUGGCUUUUGGGAUGGGAAUUGAUCGUAAGGAUGUCAGGAUGGUUUGCCAUUAUAAUAUUCCCAAGUCAAUGGAGUCCUUCUAUCAGGAAUCGGGAAGAGCUGGUCGAGAUCAAAUGCCUUCUAGGAGCGUUUUGUACUAUGGGAUGGAUGACCGAAAAAAACUGGAAUUUAUUAUUAAAACGGCAAAGAACAAAAAGGUUCAGUCUUCCAGCUGUGAGGAUGGCUCUACUAAGAAGUCCCUGGCUGACUUCCAUCAGAUGGUUGAAUACUGUGAAGAUUCUGGUUGUCGUAGGAGAAAGAUCCUCCAGAGUUUUGGGGAACAGGUAAAUUCAUCCAUAUGUAAUAAAACAUGUGAUACAUGUAAGCAUCCAAAAACAGUUUCCAAGUGUUUGGAGGAUCUCAAAGCAGUUAUUUCCUUUAGCUGCCAGAAUGGCCCUUCUAGAGUAUUUAUGAGCAGUUCUUCGGAUUUUAUAACAGGAGAAUCGGUAUCAGAAUUCUGGAACCGAGAAGAUGAAGCCAGUGGGUCUGAGGAAGACAUAUCAGACUCAGAUGGUAAUGAUGCAUUGGACAAACUGCCAAGAUCGAGCAUUCUAUCGAAAUCAAAAGUAAGUACCAAGAUCGAGUUGUUGCAGCGAGCUGAAGAGAAUUAUUACAGGAAUAAAGCUCCUGACAAGAAGUGUAACAAGAAUGAUAAGAAUGCCAUAUCUGAAUCACUAAGACAAGCUAGCAAGCAGAGACUACUGAAUGCCCUAAAUCAGACUCAGCAGCGGCUUGGCAGCUUAAACGUUGACCUGGAAACAUCAGCCGGCGCCUUUGAAAAACAAUGCUACGAUAAAUAUGGAAAGACAGGGAAAUCAUUCUAUUACUCUCAAGUGGCGAGUACUCUGAGAUGGCUAUCGACUGCAAAUUUGACAGAAUUGAUUGAUAAGCUUGGAAACAGCUGUGCAGCUGUGGUUAAAGAGCCUGAAAUGAAAACAUCCCCAUCUUUGGAUCAUCGGGAGGAGGAGGUGGAGGUGCUGCAAGUAGAGGAGAUCAAGGAGAAUCAUGCUGCAAACAUUAAUGCAUUCAGUGAAAUUUCUGAGCCUGCAAAACUUCCACUAAUUCCAUCAUUUUCAGAUUAUGUUAACAGCCUCAAGAAGAGAAAGGAGGAGACAAAAGAGUACUCACCCAGCCAAGAUCAUGGGAAUUGCCAGAGAAAACCGAGAUUGAUGUAGGCUGUGUCUUAAUGUCAAUUUUUUGAAGACAACGUGAUGUCCCUUUAUCGAAAACACUUGUUCGAAUUUUUUAGUAAUUUCUCAAUCAAAUUAUAUGAUUCAAAUAUAGUUUCACUAAGAGUUCAUUUUGAAACUGGGACAUUGUUCUUGAAAUUUUGGGUCAUUACAGAUCUUGUUUAAAA